GGGCGCGGCGAGGGGAGGAAGAUCAAGAGCCGAGUGAAGGCAACACCAGGGAAGGGGCGCCACCCGCAUCACCACCCAGACACCAGCCACACCACCAUGGCGGACCCGGAGACACAACCACAGCCUGAAGAACAACCCAAGGCACCUGUUAAAGAAAAAGAAGUCCUAGCCACCAAGGUAACCGGUACUGUGAAAUGGUUCAACGUGAAGAGUGGCUAUGGCUUCAUCAACAGGCAUGACACCAAGGAGGAUGUGUUUGUUCACCAGUCUGCCAUAACAAAAAACAACCCACGGAAGUACGUGCGGUCAGUAGGCGACGGCGAAGAAGUGGAGUUUGACGUAGUGGUCGGCGAGAAGGGAAAUGAAGCUGCCAACGUCACUGGCCCCGGUGGGGAAGCAGUCAAGGGGUCGCCUUAUGCUCAUGACAGUGAUGUUCCCAUGCAGGGGUCCCCCUAUGCGGCUGAUCGUCGCAGGGGCUACCGCCGUCGCUACUACCGCCGAGCAGCCCCAGGCGAGGAGGGGGAGAUGGUUGAGGAAGGAGGAGACUAUGUACCAACCAUGAGGGGCAGGGGCCGCGGUGGUUACAGGGGCCGCAGCCCUCGCCGCUUCUACCGCGGUCGCUUCUUUGGCCGUGGGCGCGGCCGUGGGGCAGGGCGAGGCCCAUUCUAUCCAGGGUUCAAUGACUAUGAGGGAGGAGAAAUAGCUGAGGUAGCUGAAGGCAUGUCUAUCAGAGGACGCGGAAGAGGCCGGGGAGGACGUGGGAGGGGCCGGGGCGGUCGUGGCCCUCGAGGCUACUUCCGCCGAUAUUAUGGAGGCGGCGCUGCCCGCCCCCAGUACGACCAGAUGGUUACUCCAGAUGAUGCUCCGCGGCGUAGAUUCCGCAGGGGCGGCCGUGGCCGUGGCCGCGGAGGCCGCUACAAUGGCACUCCAGAGACCAGGACGUCGGAAACGCAGACACAGGUAGCAGCUGAGGGACAGAAGCCUGAAGUGUCAACAGAAGACUCUAAAGAAAUGACUCGGCCUGAGGGAGAGCAGCAUGAAGCUCAAACUGAAGUGGUGGGAGAUGGACAGCAGUCUGGGCAGGAAGGUCAAGCACCUGCUGCACCCCAGCCUCAGCAGGCAGUGGAAAAUACAACUGCUGAAAGCUCAGCAUAAGUCAUUACCCUGUCUCUUCCCUCAAGUCAUGCCACCAAAGCUAAGAAGCCCUGUUUGAAAGGUAGUUGUAAUCUUAGAACAGGACAGACUGGUGUUGAUAGAUUACAUCUACUUUAAAAUGGGUCAGUAAUGUAAGGGUGGGUCAGGUUCCUACUGCGUCAUGCCCCCACUUCCCCCUGUCCCUAAAAACUCAGCAGGGAUCUGACCCACUACCCGGGACCCCCAGUGGCAAACAAACCACCGAGACGGAAGAAAGGGACUUGAGUAAUGCAGAGUAGCAGCUGAUAACCAACCUGCUGCUGCUCCCGGUUACCAGAAAGUCGGCUCUAACCACAUAAUGAAAGAAUACACGCUUGUCCUCACUCCGGGUCCGGUAAUAAAGAGGUCACAGGUGCAGAACAGACACACCCACGGUUCAGGGUUGGAGUCAACGUAAAGAUGGCCCUUUCUUUGUCACGCAACACCACUGAUGACGCCAUGCAACCAGUACUAAGAAAUGUUUAGUCUGUGGGUGGGGAACGAAGCACAGUCAACUAACAUAAAAUUCCUGUAUGAUUACAAUGGGUGGUUUAAGAAUGAGAAAGAAAUAAAAAAAGUAACUUACAACAGAUUCCUCGUGAAGUAUUAUCUUUACUGUUCCAUGUCCAUGGUGCUGAGGUGUGUUUGUUGCUGGCUGGGUUCCACCAAAAAAAGUGUAAAAUCACAAGAAUCCUCAUGCACAUGUUUAAUCAUGAAAUCACCCCCUUGAGUAGGCCCUACAACCAGCCUGGGAUGCUGCCAGUUAUCCAGAUAAUCCCUGUUGUUAAAUUGCAUUCUAUGGUUUUAUUGGAAUUUUGUCUUGCUGGCAGACAUGAAUGUAGGAAUUUCUGUAUUGUCCAUGUCCUGAGGUAAAUGUUUUGGGGUGCAUCAAAUGGAUUUCCACAAGUGUAUUAAAAAGUCAAGUACCAGCUUGUCAGCUAGGUAUGGGCAAUAGCAGAUGGAAAUUGUUUUCUUGUUUUACUCAUUGACAUUGUCAUUGGCAGUUAUUUUUGAAAGACCCUAUUUUGACACUUUUUCUACAUAAAUUUUGUAGGAAAUUAUUGUGCCACAAAACAUGUGCAUUUGCAAUAAACCAAUAAAAUCCAUAAAAAUUUGAAA